GAGAGAGAGAGAGGGAGAGAGCGCAGGAGUGUGAGGGAGAGAGUUGAUGUGGAGGAGAAAGCUGCGCCUAGCUUGGAAGAUGCUCCGCUGUGUUUACGUAGGGAGAGCGGUUAGUAACGGAGAGGGACGUUAGCCUCUUUACAAAUCGAGAAAACCGAAUGUCCGCCGUUCUUCAGCGCGUUACAGUGCAGUGAGGGAGUCCUGAGGUAAACCGGGCUUCAUCAGUGGAGCAGGACAGCCUUCCGUCAGUGAAAACAACAAUGUGCGGUUAGAAAACUGAUUAGCUGAACUGAUUAGCUUCUCCACGGUGCUCUGAGGCAGAAACCCGGUACAAAGAGCGGCCACGGAGAGCCCCAUGUCAGCCGUCCUCUCCAAAGCCUCGGCCGGGCUCUGACUGCAUCUCCUGCGGCUUCGUUUUUGGAGGGAAACUGACGAGCUGAGUUGGCGGCGCGGCGAAACCAUGGAGUCCGAGCAGAGCAGCUCGCUGUCGAAGAAGAGCGCGCUGGCCAGGCUGUUCCGAGCGCGCAAGCGACGCGAGAUGCUCUUCGUGCAGGUGUGCUUCGUGUGCAGCGUCCUGCUGGCGGCGUGGUGCAUGUCGGCGGUGCUCAGCCGAUCAGGUCAUGGGAUCGUGUUGCAGGAGACUCCACACACAGGCCGAAGACUGAUGGCCAUGGAGGAUGACAAUGAGACUGAAGAGAAGAACUGCUCUGAUCCUGCCAUCCAUGAGUUCCCAGCGGAUAUUUUCACCAACCGAGAGCGCACACGAGGAGCUGUCCUGCUACACAUAUUCGCGGCUGUCUACAUGUUUCUGGCUUUAGCAAUUGUGUGUGAUGACUACUUUGUGACUUCUCUGGAGAAAAUCUGUGAGAAACUGCAUCUGAGUGAAGAUGUUGCUGGAGCUACAUUCAUGGCGGCUGGAAGCUCCGCCCCAGAACUCUUUGCCUCUGUCAUUGGUGUGUUUAUCACGCAUGGAGAUGUCGGGGUGGGCACUAUCGUGGGCUCCGCUGUCUUCAAUAUUCUCUGCAUCAUCGGCGUGUGUGGAAUCUUCGCUGGACAGGUUGUUCAUCUUACCAAGUUUUCUGUGUUUCGAGACUCCUUCUACUACACGCUGUCUGUGGUAGCUCUUAUUGCUUUCAUCUAUGAUGGGAGGAUUGUGUGGUGGGAGAGUCUGGUGCUGAUGGUCAUGUACAUUGGUUACAUCAUUAUUAUGAAGUUUAACACCAGCAUGCAGAACUACUUUGCCGGGAAGGAUGAUAAGGGUAUUGCCAAUGGUAACGCAAUGAUCAGCGAGCUUGAAGACGGUAAUGCAUGUUAUGAGCAGUUUUGGGAUGAUCCUACAUGGCCGUUACUCAGUGCAGUAAAGCCAAGUAAGAUGUACACUCGUGGGUCAGUAGUAAUGGUGGAUGAAAUGAUGAACUCCAGUCCUCCAAACUAUCGGUUCCCUGAGGCUGGCCUGAGGGUAAUGAUCACCAACCACUUUGGCCCUAAGACACGCCUGCGCAUGGCCAGCCGACUCAUCAUCCAUGAGCAACAGCGGCUGAUGCAGGCGUCCAACGGGGUGGACAGCACGCUGGUGGUUGAUGGGAAAGCGGACACCCUGGAGAACGGUAACAUGCCAGAGGACAAGCUGACAGAGGACGAGGAGAAUGAGCUGUCAUCUCCCUUCGUUAUUCCCGGGGGCGCUAUGAACAGACUGAAGUUCAUCAUCUCGUGGCCUAUCCUGGCACUGCUGUACUUCACCAUUCCAAACUGUGGCAAACCACGUUGGGAGAAGUUCUUCAUGCUUUCCUUCUUCCUCUCCACUCUGUGGAUAGCCGUGUUCUCCUACUUCAUGGUGUGGAUGGUGACAAUUAUCGGAUACACACUGGGAAUACCUGAUGUUAUAAUGGGAAUCACUUUUCUAGCAGCUGGCACCAGUGUUCCCGACUGUAUAGCUAGUCUCAUUGUAGCUCGACAAGGCCUGGGGGACAUGGCUGUCUCCAACACGAUUGGCAGCAAUGUCUUUGAUAUCCUGGUUGGGCUUGGCAUUCCCUGGGGCAUCCAAACGAUGGCUGUCAACUAUGGCUCUGUGGUGAAAAUCAACAGUAGAGGACUGUUGUAUUCCGUAGUGCUACUUCUGGGCUCAGUGGCUUUAACAGUCCUGGGGAUCCAUGUCAACAGGUGGAAGUUGGACUUCAAGCUGGGUGUGUAUGUGCUCAUGCUGUAUGGUGUCUUCCUCUGCUUCUCCAUCCUGAUCGAGUACAAUGUCUUCACCUUUGUCAACCUGCCCAUGUGUCAGGAGGGCCUGUAGGCCCAAAAUCUUCCAACUCAUAACCGAACUGAAUUCCAGACCAGACCUACCUACAGAAGACCUGAAAACCCUUCAGAUGCACACCACCAUUUUAUUCCAGUGACUUUUAUUACAGAAGACCACUGUUUCCCACAGCAUGGAGGAGGUUGUUCACCAUACUCUCUCCAGCACUCCCAGGGCAUUAGAGAGACCUCCCAGGGCAUUAGAGAGAUCUUUGGCAGCUCUCCAUUUGACUGGGCAACCCUCCACAACUGAAUCCAGGACAAUCAUGAUCACACGAUCUCACUCACAACAGCAUGGCAUGUCUUCUUUUACCCUACGAACAUGAGGGGGUUCUCAACUGUGACCGCACAAAUACCUUCACGCAUAUAUGAGAAGAGGAAUGCUGCCCACUGAAACAACAUGAAUGCAUACUUACAUUCUCUCAUGUUUUGUCUUCCCUUGAGAAUGAAUAGAAAAAUGAAAAUGAACAUGUUGCACUUUACAUAAUAGGGUGAAACCUAGAGAUUGCACAGUGAUUGCAGUGAGGAAAGAUUAUCUUAUCCUGGUCUGGUGCAAUAAGGAGCAAUAAAGACAGAAGCAGCGUUUGAUGACAAUGAAAAGGAUUCAUUGUUUUCAUGAGAGCUAGUCUUUGCUCUGAUAAGUGAAUUCAGGCGUUCUGAAGACCUUUGUGAAAGUAACAGUGCAUUACAGUACAGCCUACGGCAAAGAGAUUCUAUUUGCAGUGCCACAGUAGAUCCUGUGGUGGAGGAAGAUAGUUUGUGGAUCCCAUGUGCUCUUGACUUACGGACCCAAGGGUCACUAAGCUUUGGACCGGUCCAGAUGACUAAAAUGGGGUCAAAGCGAAGCUCUCAAGUCUGCCAUUUUGUUUCAAUCCAAUUCUAUUAACAUAAAAUUCUCCAUAAUCAGUCAUUUAAUCUUACUGUGAUUACACAAAGUGUUCUGAGUGGACAGACUUCAGGAGAGCUCUUCACUGCCCCUUUCUGGUGUGGAUUAUGUGGCUACAACUGUGACUGACUUUAAAAAAUCAACUCGUGACUGCAAACAGGGAUCCUGAUUUUUGCAAAAGUUAACACGCUUGUUGUUUAUAUGUAAAUACAACGUCAGAGGUCCUCACGUUUCGACCAGUGCUUCCUUCAAAGUGUGGGGGACGGGAGUGGACACUUUUUUUUUUUUUUUGCUUAUUUUGGAGAUCCACUCCUGCUCCCUAGUCUGGGUAUGCAUUUGUUUGUCUGUGAUGCAUGAUUUUGACACACAAAAAGCCAUUUUAACUAGCAGGGCAGAAGAUCACUGUCAACCUACCGAUACAAAUGGCAGCUACCACUUCACUCUCCGCCAAAAAAAAAACAACCCCCACAGUGCUCAGGAGUUCCUAACCCGAGCAGAGGGCCGAGCUGUUUGUGUCUGUGUGAAACGUCAAAGUUGUGGAAAUGUCAGGUGUUGUCGUUCAGAGCUAAUGCUAAGUGGUGCCGUCACUGUUGUCUAUAUGGAAAGACAAGGUCUUUUUUGCCGUAUUUUGAUGUGCGCAGUAUAUAACGACAUAUGCAAUCUCGAUCGGAGAAGGGCUGGCCGUGUUUAAAUCGAGGGGGCUCUGGUUUGUGAACGCUGCUGAAAUUGCCCGUUGAAUAAUGUUCCAAGCGCAUGCAAAUAGUCAGCCAUCUGUUCCCUCACCUACAUAAUUAGUGCGAGGAAUGGCGACUUCAGUUUUAUGGCUGUGUAGAACAGUGGUGGUGUCACGUGAUGCAUUAUGUUUUUGUCUCUGUUCUGUGGUAGUUGGUGUGUGGGUUACUAUCUCUGAAUGAAAGGUUUCACAAGUCUGAAGGCCAAAUGAAUGUCACUUGGAGGCUUGGAUUCAUGUCUGUUUGCUGUUACCACGUUGCUUGGAUCAAAGAAGACAGGAAAACAGAUUUUUAUUAUUCAUUGAAUUUUUAGAAUGAAAACACAAAUGCGUACAAAACCAAUAUUUUUGACACAUGCUUUCCGAUUAUGAUAGUGAUUUUCUUUUUUUGUUAGUGAGGCAAGACUGUUCAUGUGGUAGUAACAGUGAACAGGCUCCUAUUCAGAUCUAACAAUACAGAUGAAUCAUACCAAAUCACUGUAGAUAGGCUAUUUGUGUUACCCUGCUUUACUGGAGUCGAUCAGUCCUGUGUCAUGCCUGUUAUUGUAACAGUUAUUAUUCUUAUAUUUCAAUUCAGAGGUGAGUAUUUUUGACUCACAGUGUUUUAUAACCGUACCGCCUCCUGAGUGACCGGGUUAUUGUUUUAUUCCUUUCAAGGAAAAGGGCCACUUUAGGGGGCGGCAUCUUUGUUGCCAGUGGUAUAGCACUCUGACAUGACAGAAGUCUUGUAUGCACAGAAAACCCACUAUAUACCUCUUCAGAAGAGACACUAAGUUAAAGGAAGAUGCUUUAAACUUGACUGCACUCUAUGUCCAUGCAUGAAAACGCACAUAUACAGAAAAACUCCCCACAUGCACAAUACACACACACACACACACACACACACACACACACACACACACACACAUACACACAGUGAGGGGAUACAAGUAUUCAGACACUUGUUUUUGAUCUUUAAUAAACUUCCAGUGCAUGUCCUCUUCAGACUUUACCCUUUUUCUUAAAUUUGCUCUUGAGAAAGGUUCUUAAAACUGUCUACAUCAGAUUCAUUACGUGUUCUUGACCUGCAAAUUUGUUUGCACCUUCAUUCUCUUAAGUCUGUGUAGAUUCUGUUCUUAACUAAGAACAAAUUCUAAAUACCAAAACAUUUAUGAAUGUCAGAAUCUGUGAAAACUACUACUAAGUGGAUUUAAGAAGAAAUAUCUUCUCGCAAAUGGUUGGUGAAUGAGGCCCAAUGUCUGUCAACUUUGUACUUGAAAAAUUUAACUGGGAAAUGUAUUCGGACACCACAAAUGAAUUAAUUGCAAAUCUCUUUUUGGCAAUUACAGCUUUGAGACGUCUGCAGUACAAAAUAAUAACCUUUUUCAAAGCAUAGUGGUUUAGUUGUUUUGCAAACUUUCCCACAGUUAUGAGGGUCCCGCUGAUGGACCUGCAAUUUCAAAAUCCUCUGUACAUUUUUAUGGGAUGUUAGGAAAUUGGCUUGGCUAUGAUGCACCUACACAUUCUUAGACGCAGGCUUGAGUUAUUUUAGCUGUAUGUUUGGGGUCGUUGUUUGGUUAAAACGUUUAUCUUCUCUCCAGAUUCAGUUUCUAGGCCGAUGAGGUGAAAUUCUGAAAUGGCCACUCUGUUCAUGUUUCUGCAAAACAUGACACAUUCUUUCACAAAACACAACCAUUCUUUCACCAAACAUGAUGAGCUAUUGCCAUGUUUUUGUUGUAUCUGCUCAGAGUACCUUGUUGGAAACAUCUGAUUUGUCUACAUGCAAUUUUAGCUGCACAUCUCUGCUACUUCUAGCAGAGGAGCUUUGCCUGGGGUGUAGGAGAUGGGCGACUGCUGGUCUGAGCACGUUGAGAAUUCUGUGCUGCGGGAUGAUCACCCCGGUUGUACGGAUGGGGAUGUUUAAGGUCUUUGCUGUGGGGCGUUUUUCUCAAAUGUUGCUUUAUAAAUGUUGAAUUUUAGGAAGCCCCUUCAUCCUCACCAUGAUUUUCAACUUCUUAUAUGAAAUUUCGCAACCAAUGACAACGUCUUUUAUAACACAAGAUCCAUUUUGAACUUUUUUGCAGAAAUAUCUGUGAUUUAUAUCUGUAAAGUAACCCUUCCAUACAUAUAAACCAUAAAAAUGGUGUCUGAAUGCCGGUUCCCCUUUAAACAUAACUUUGUUAUGCUUAUGGACAUUUUUCUUCAUGUUUAUGAGUAUGAAGUAGUGUCUGAAUACUUGUAUCCACACAUGCUCACUUUGUUUCAUGGUUAAGUACACACACACACACACACACACACACACACACACCUGCUUUCAGAGUGACUGUGACCUGCUGCACUGUGAGAGGAACGGUAUAUGGGAUCCUUCCAAGCCGCUGUUAAAGGAUAGAGAUAUAAAGAACUUCAAUUUAUGACAUUGGUGUUUAACUUGAAUGUAUUGUCUUGCUAUCAAUGGAUGUAUCCAACCAAUGCAUUUUACUGUAAAGCAAUAAUCUAAGAAAAAAAUAUGUACAUUGAUAUUUGAAACAUAAGGAAAUUGUAUGGAGAACACAAAUUAAAUUCUACCGUUUAUAA